AUGGGUUGUGAUGGUGGUACUAUUCCACGUCGAGAUGAACUGGUUCGAAUGAAAAAGAAACCAGAACAGAAAGAUAAAGAUGCUGAACGAGCUUUUAAAUGGCGCAAUUGUGCGUUAUCACAACAACCUUUACAAGAGCCUAUAGUGGCAUGUGGAUUAGGGCGACUCUACAGUAAGAGUUCGGUUUUGGAGUCUCUGUUAGACAAGGAUACUAAGCCCGAAUCUAUUACCCACAUUAAGAAUAUGAAGGAUAUCAAAGAUCUGAAGCUGACAAAGAACCCUGCAUAUACAAAUGCAGAUCACACGGAUGGUGCUGUAGGUGAUAGCAGUGCUCCUUACAUCUGCCCUAUAAGCGGUCUUGAGAUGACUGGUAAAUUCCGAUUCAUAUUUCUCUGGAGCUGUGGAUGUGUACUGGCUGAGCGUGCACUGAAAGAAGUUAGGCAAAACCUUUGCCAUAUGUGUCAACAACCCUUCACAGAUAAUGACAUUGUGGUACUUAAUGGGACUGACGAAGAUAUUGAAUUGUUGAAGGAAAAAAUGACUAUUCGCAUAGCAAAUCGAAAGAGCAAAAAAAUAAAAACAGAGAAAUUAGAAAAAGGAACAGCAGUCAAAACAGAAACAGUAACAUCAGAAAACUCCACAGAAAUGCCUUCUACUUCAGGGACAGAAAUAAAAGAGGAAAAAGACAAACAAGAGGCCGGAAGCAGUCCAGCAGUGAAAAAAGAAAUGGAUACAAUCCCUUUGUCCCUGCCAAAGUUUAACCCAAAUAAGCAGACUAGGGGUCAUUUUGGAUCAUCCAAACGGGCUCAUCCUACUGGGCUUGUUGAAGAUCCGUCAUACAAGAAGACUAAAAAAGAGUACAGUAUUGCCAAAGAUCCUCAAAGUAGUGAAGUGUACAAAUCAAUAUUUACAUCACACAAAAGUGACAAAGAUCAGCAACGAGCUCAUUGGGUUACAUACAACCCAUUUUAUAAUUAA